AUGCCUCAGAAAUCUGCUGCAGAUCGCCGACGAGAAGAAGAAGAAGAGAGACGCCGACGAAACAAUGCCGCCCAAGCCCAAGCCAACGCAGCGGCCCAGGCUACUUAUUACAGCACCAUUUCCUCAUCCUACUCUGGUGGAAGUAGCUGUGAUUCUUCGAACUCUGGGUCUUCGAACUCCAGCUCCUCUUGUGACAACGGGUCUUCCGGAGGCAGCUGCUAG